UACGUACAUAAGCCUAAUCAAAAGGAGAGAAAAAAUCACAAAGCCCAAAUACAAGGACCAAAAGAGAACAAAAUACAACCCCAAAACCAAGCAAACAAACGGGCCCAAUUAACUUUCAACCCAAGCCCAAGUCUUCAACGAUCAUCUAUCUUCAGCCACCCUACAAACUCCAGACUGCCGCCGACAUGCAUCCACCCCAAGCUGAACCACCACCACCGACGCCGCCGAGGUAGAGUGAAGUCAGUCAGAGGGUUUUGAAAUAGAGAGCCACUUGCAGACAAGACUGCUCUCACUUGAGGAUAUGCAUAUAGUGACGAUACUACUGAAACAAGGGACACACAAGGAAAAAUCCGAUCCGCCCGCAAACAAUAAUAAUAAAUGCAACCGUAUCUCGCCCGACACAAUUAAAUAACUACCACUCGUUUCGCUUCUCAUAGGUGUGGCUUUGCUUAAAUCCAAGUUCCCAUCUUCAUUAACGUUCAUUCUAUCCAUCUCUUCCUUCACUCACUGUUAUUUCCACACAGAAGCCCUACUUAGUUCACACUACCUACCUAUACGCCGCCGUCGACAGAACUAUUUCAACAAGCCUAGCUAACUAGCUAGCAAGUAGCAAGCACAUACAAACAAUAUUUAUUUGCUUUCAGCCAACCAAGCGUCCGGAACAAAAGAAGAUGCUGGAUGUGUGGUCCUGGAUAUCCGACCUUCCUUUCUCCGGCGAAUGGGGCGCUACUGAUGAUAACUCGGUGUCAGCAGCAGUACUCGUCUUCCAACUUGCUACUUCACCAUGCGACCCAACUCGGACUCUCCAGCUCCAAGCCCAACGAACGCCUUCUUCUUCUCCGGCAAACUCGGACGUUUUUUUUAUCACUUUAACCGUAUGCUUACGUGGCGCCACUCCCUCCACGCUCUGGGCCUCCGACCCCUACGUACUCAACUCCAGUGGUCCGACCACCAACAGCACUUUCCUGCUGCCCCUCCUCCUCCAGCUCCUCCAGGAGAUCGUCACCCGGGCACCCACCACGCCGUACAGUAGCUCCGGCCAGUUCCAGAAGCUUCGGCCCGAACCGGUGUCCUGGAUCUUGGACACCCACUCCCCAGAGUCCUUCUCCAGCUUCUUCAACCUCGUGUUGCUCACCCGCCUUUUCUGGGCGUGUGCGUGCGACGCGCCCUCCGAAGUCGGCUCCUUCUACCUCGACUCCCUCCUCUGUCCCAACAUCGACUCCCUGCUCACGGCGUCCAAGCCGGUCCUUGCCAAGUUCUUGGUCGCGGUCGGAGCGGACGCGGAGCUGUGCUUCGUGCGCACCCUGGGGUACAUGUUAGCGAAAUGGCUCAUCUACAGAGAGGUGGCGGCCGGCGCAGGUUUGCGGACGCUGGUCCCGCCACCACUGCUUCCAGCUGGGUUCAGCUACGGCGUGGAGGCUUACGGGUACUGGACUCUCAAGGGCUACGCGCCCAUCCCGGCCAUGCGCCUUUCCGGAGAGCCAAAGCCGUUUCUACUCGAGCCGAACGAGCUAUCGCUGUUGAAGUAUGCUCUGGCGCAUCAGCAGUUGGAAGCCGUCAUUCAGCUGCACUACUCCGUCGCGUUUCACGAAGCGUACGUCCAAGUCAGCGCCCGAGUGGACAACCUCCGCUUCCACGUGGCGAAGCUCAGGUUCAGCAGCGACGACGGUGGGGAAUCAGAAUCAGAAUACUCGGAGGAGAGGCACUUCGUGUCGAGGGUUCGUGCCUGGGUUGGGCCGGAGAUCGGAGCUACCUACGUGGCGGGCUUGACCGCGGGCCGCUCGACGCACAACGGCGAGAGCGAAACGACGGAGCUACACGUUGGCAAGGGUGGCCCCAGAAAUUUCGGGAUGUUGGCCAGGGAGGCUACGAGAACGAGGGUGAAGGACUGGAGGUGGGACCAAGACGUGGAAGGGAACGGUGUCGUCUUCGAUGCUGUCCUAUACGAUACGGCUACGGGCCAGGAGUACUGUAGCGGCGGUGGAGGAGACGGGCCCAGAAGAAUGAGGAGCAGUGGGCCCAACAGGCCCUUCACGAAGGCGAGAGGGCUGAUAUUUGCCGGGAAGGAGUACGGCGAUGAGGUUACGUGGAGGUUGGGGAAGGAGAUGGAAGGGAGCGUGUUGAAAUGGAGAAUUGGAGGGGAGGUUUGGGUGACCUAUUUCCCCAAUCAAGUCCACACUUCCUUCUGUGAGACCAGGUCGGUGGAGUGGUGUGAUGAGGUUGAUUUGCCUUUGAUCCCUGGGAAGUAGGGUGCCCGGCACGACAAAAAUAAUAAACUGAAUUAUAUUAUUAUUAAUGAUGAUAUAUUAUAUUUAUACAUUAGAAUUGACCCGCUCGCUAUGCUUCGUCGGAGUUGAAAACUGAAUAUGAAGUCCCAAUUUCAAAAGACUAUGCAAGUAAUUAACCCUUGUGUUUUGUAAAAGAAAAGAGGAAUAACAUCCCGUAUGUGGAUGGUGAUGUUGAUCUAUGACAUACAUGGGAGCUUGAAAGUAUGAUCGUGUUUGUGAGUCCCUUGCUCUUGCUGUGCUCUCCUUGGACACUGCCACAUAUAGUAGCUAGUAUUCAUAGGUUAUUGAUGCAUGUUAUAUUUUUUUAGCAGUUCUAUGAAGUAAAGACUUCAUGAAGCUAGAGGGAGAGGAUUGACAAAGUCUUUAUUAAUCUGGUCAACCGGUUUGAUUAAAGCAAGACUUAAUUUGCAAAGUGGCUGUGGGUAGUAUAUAGCCAGCAGGGUGAGAUUAGUGGGAUUUGGAUUUUAAAAUUCAAAAUUUCAUUGUCUGGCUAACUUUUUAAUGUUGUAUUUGGAUUUGGAUUAAAUUCAAGUUGGAUUUCGGCCCAUAUAAAAGUGAGAAUUUCAA